AUGGGCAGGCCCGACGAAAUAAAGCCUGGCCUCGUACAGGACCAUCAUGCAACGGAAAUAUUGUACUUUCGCAUUUCGUCUGAAGCGGAGUGCGAUGGAUGUGGCAGCGAAGGGGACGAUGGGCGCAGCGUGGGCGAGCUGCUGCUUCCACAGUACGCGCUGGCCACCGGGGGGCUGGCGAAGGACCACAGACCUCUCAUCACCUUCCCCGACAACAACAACUUCCACCUGCUCAGCGCCUCGGAAUAUCGCCGCCUACUCCUCUACCUCACCUCUGUGCCCUCACUAUUAGAAGCCGAAAUGGGUUUCCACAUAAUCAUAGAUCGAAGGAAGGACAGAUGGAACUCCAUAAAGGCGGUAUUAAUAAGGAUAUCGGAAUUUUUCCCGGGCGUGAUCCACUCGGUGUAUGUCUUGCGGCCGGCCAGCUUUCUCCAGAAGGCUCUCUCUGAAGUCAGCAGUAAGCUGUUCAAAGAGGAGUUCCGUUUCCGAGUCCUUGUGUGCUCGUGCAUCGAGGAGCUGUACGAGCACUUCGACAGGUCUCAGCUAACGCCGGAUCUUGGGGGCGAACUCCAGUACUCACACUCCGAGUGGAUCCAACAGCGAAUAGCAUUGGAAAAGUUCUCCACGCUGAUGAAGGAUAUAUCGAGCAAACUAGACGAAUUCAUGCAUGCGAUUGUAGACUGCGAUAUGGGCAACGACCCCACACAAACCAAAGAAUUACUAGACUGUCAAGAAACAAGGUAUAAAGCUUUAAAAACCGAAUUAGCGGCAGCGACCACGCAAGGCGAAGAGUUGCUGACGCAAGUGAGGAAACCAAAUCUUACGUAUAAUAUAAUAAGUCAUGUUGCUGCAGUCGAGAGGUUACUUGUGCAACUGGAAGAGACUGAGCGACAAUUCGAUAAUUUUUGGCAAAAACAUUCCACAAAAUUAAACCAUUGGUUAAAAUUUCGUACCUUUUUAUUAAACUUCAAACAAAUGCAGGCAACUCUAGACAAUCAUCUAAAGGCAGCGUGUGAUAUGACUGAAGUGGGCGAAACAGCGGUCCGAGUAGAAAGCCUAAUUCAGGAAGCCAAUGAUUUUGAGAAAUUGUGUAAUUGCGAUCUCGAUACAGCUUCGUCUGUUAUUGACGACGGAGAGAAACUAAUGAAGGACCCACUCAGUUCUGUAGACCACAUAGAGUCUAAAUGCGAGGAGUUGAGAAGGACAAGCGCUUUACUCAUUGAUAAGAUACAGAAAAGGAACUUGCUGUUGACCAAAGCCCGGGAACUGAUGGACAGAAUAGAUAAGGCGAACGAGUGGUGCGCCACCGGUGUCGAGAUCCUAGCGGGCGAGGGCGGGCUCAUCGCCGUGGACAAGUUGCUCGAAGACGCCAAGAGCUUCGGUCUGACCGCGCCCGAGCCGUUCCGCGAUAUGCUGCUGCAAACCGCCACACAAGAAACCAGGGCGCUGGUGGCUCAGGUGGCGCAAAGGGUCGAAGACGUGUGGCUCAUGGUGUCGGUCAAGCGGGCGAGCCUGCAACGCGCCGCGGCCAAGCCGGCGCGGCCCGUGCAAUCGGUGCCGCCGCAGAGCGCCUCCGUGCCGCCGCAGCCGGAGCAGAACAGCAUCCUGUUA